GCAUCUAGCUAACUAGGAAGCAGAGGAGACUGUCUCCACGGAUUAUGUGGACAUAUCGUUGAGUGAAAGCAGUAGCUGUUUGAUUUGGAUACAUGCCGUGUUCUUACAAUGAUAAGCUGACAGCUCGAAACGAAGUUGAGUUAAUACGUUAUAUAUUUAACUGUAUGUAUUAGGGCCUGAGUCAGAAUGAUGUCAGAAUGCGACCUGACAGAGACAGAGACCGGCGAGCCAGUGCUGGACACGGGGGAAACAGCGGUGCCAGUGCUGGAGUCUAACUUUCACUCCAUAGACCCUCCAAAGGUGUUAUUUGACAGGAACCGGAUAGGUCUGACAACUGGGGCGAACCCCGGUGGUGCCAUACGUAUUUCGGACUCUUGUGAAAGCGUGUUGACCGAACUAGAGACAGAGGGCUCCGGCGAAGAGGCGCUGCUGUUACCGUGCUUAGCAGGAAGCUCGUCGUCUCCGAGAGGUGUAAAAGAAAAGCGAAGCAGACGGUACAGGCACAGCUCGUCUUCGGAUAAAGAUGCUUUAGCCUCCCCGGGUACCAACAGUGGAGAUUUCAACCAUUUCCCUGACGACCCCGAGUUUGCCGAUAUUAUCCAAAGGGCAGAGCAAGCCAUUGAGAGUGGCGUCUUUCCAGAGAGGAUUUCCCAGGGCUCAAGUGGGAGUUACUUUGUCAAAGACCCAAAAGGGAAAAUCAUUGGUGUUUUUAAACCAAAGUCAGAGGAACCUUAUGGUCAUCUGAAUCCAAAAUGGACCAAAUACUUUCACAAGCUUUGCUGUCCAUGUUGUUUUGGCCGAGGGUGCUUGUUACCUAACCAGGGUUAUCUGUCAGAGGCUGCUGCUUCACUGGUUGACACCAAACUCUGUCUUGGUGUGGUGCCAAAAACCAAGGUGGUGUAUUUGGCCAGUGAGACAUUCCACUACAACGCCAUAGACAGAGCAAAGUCCAGGGGGAAGAAGUACGCCCUAGAGAAAGUCCCCAAAGUGGGGCGACGCUUCCACAGAGUGGGCCUCCCACCCAAGGUGGGCUCAUUUCAGCUGUUUGUGGAGGGUUAUCGUGAAGCCGACUACUGGCUGCGACGCUUUGAGGCAGAACCACUGCCAGAGAAUAUCAGGAAGCAGCUGCAGUCGCAGUUUGAGCGGCUGGUGGUGCUGGACUAUGUUAUCAGAAACACAGAUCGAGGGAAUGACAACUGGUUGAUCAAGUACGAGACACCAGGAGAAGGAGAGGGAGAAGAACAAAAGGAUGCAGAAUGGACAGAGAACAUUCAGGACUCCUGCAUCAAGAUUGCAGCAAUUGACAACGGCCUGGCCUUCCCCUUUAAACACCCGGAUGAAUGGAGAGCCUAUCCAUUCCACUGGGCAUGGCUUCCUCAGGCCAAGGUACCCUUCUCCCAGGAGACCAGAGACCUUGUGCUGUCCCGCCUCUCUGACAUGAACUUUGUUCAGGAUCUCUGUGAGGACCUCUAUGAGAUGUUCAAGACAGAUAAAGGCUUUGACAAAACCAUGUUUGAGAGACAGAUGUCUGUCAUGAGAGGACAGGUGUUGAACCUGACUCAGGCGUUGAAGGACGGGAAGAGCCCCCUCCAACUGGUGCAGAUGCCUCGGGUGGUAGUGGAGCGCAGCCGCUCAGGUGGCCAAGGUCGUGUGGUCACUUUGGGGAAUGCGUUUACACAAACCUUCCACUGCAAGCGGCCAUUCUUUUCCUCCUGGUAGUCAGAGAAGGAUGACGAGGGGAGCAGAGGAGAAGCAUCUGCUUUUUGUCCACACAUCACUCCUGACGUAAAGAAAGUGAGAGAGAAGCUUACACUGGAAACUGUUCAUAUUCGUCCUCGGCAGGAAGGAAGUGAAGAAGGAAACGGUGAUGAUGGAAAAUAAGAUGAGAAAUAUUUUGUGAGGAAAUUGACUUGAGGCCAAUUCCUCAUUUGAGGAGAGUGCAGGGAACCGUGGGAGCUGGAGAGAUUAGCAUACCGCCGUCUCCUAGAGAGACCUUGGGGCUGUUUGUGGUUACUAUGGCAACUUGAUUAGAUAAUCAGCUUUUUCACAGAGGUGGGCUUUGUUUAUUGUUAGGAAGCUGAAAGUUGUUUUUUUUUUUCUUUUUUUUUCAAACCACCCAAGCUACCUACUGAAGGUCUCUCGAUAAUAUAGUGCGUUGAUGGCCAAAGAGCAAGCACCUAAAUACCACAAGCUAACAGCACAGUGGUCCUGGUAGUGUUUGGGAAUCUUAAAGAAGUUUCUCUUGGUCGACAUUGUUCCUCAUCUGGGAUAAAGUCCAAAAUAUUUGCUUUGCCUUAUAGGAUUACUUAGUGAAAUAUAGAUGUGCACUUACACUGCUGGAAGUGUUUGACCAGUUCCACCCAGCUGGGCCAAAACACACUUUACCCAGCUUUAAAACCACGUGUUAAACAAAGACAGUGUCUUCAGUUCUCAGUGCUGCCAAAGUCUUUGUUGAAGGAAUAUUGAAGAGCUUCAAGACAAGAAAAUUGUUGAAACUUGAAUUUGUAGGAAGUGGAGGACUGCGAAUAAACACUUCGCUUGAAUGUAAUCUGUUUACCGUUUAUACACAGAAUUUUGCUCCUAAACAUUUCAGUACAAGAGAAUUCUGUAAGAAAUAGACUUCUCAUUACUAUGAAUGUAUUUGUUGUUUGACUUGUAUUUAAUUGCUGGUAAGCAGCUUUCUCUUGAAUCUUCUGGCAUGGGGGGGGGUCGCAACUCUCCUUGCUUUUUAUAUUGUACUCUGUGAAGAGGAAAAACUAAAUUGAGGAGACUUGCUUGAUGCCAUUCUGUUUUCUUAUGUAUGCAUCUUGAAGUUUUUAUUCCAACUCUGCAACUAUAUAGGAUAAGUUGUAUAUUUAACAGAUUAAAAAAAAACAAUAAAA